AUGAGGGGAGACCCCACUAGGAGGGACACGAGUAAAUACUGCGCAUUCCGUGGGGAGUAUGGUCAUUACACUAACAACUGCAGUGCUUGGAAAAGGCACCUCGAGGAGCUGGUCAGAGACGGCCACUGCACGGAAUUCGUCGCAAAGAAGGCCAUCCAGCAGAUCGAGGAUCGUGAUGCAGCUACCAAGGAACCUUCCCAAAAGGUCAUACGGAUCAACACCAUUCUAGCUGAUUCCCAGGAGUCUGAGCUGACCAAAAAGGAGCGCAAGAGAAAGAUCGCGCAGGCGACUUACAUCUCCCAAGUCCUAACUAGCGAUCCAGUCAUUGAAGAUUCACCCGUCAUUGGCUUUCAAAAGAAGGACUUGAUCGGGCUUGAUCAACCACAUAAUGAUGCCCUAGUCAUCUGCAUCCAAAUUGAACAAGCUGUGAUCGAGCGAGUUCAUGUGGAUGAGGGAAGCGCAUCCAACAUCCGGCAACUAUCUGUUAUCAAACAGAUGGGAUUGGAGCCCAAGAUCAACAAACUUGCUAGGUCACUCACCGGCUUCAAUGGGGCCACAUUGAUCACAGUGGGAACGAUCGACCUUGACAUCCACUCACCCCCGGUGGUCUGCUGGCAAACCUUCAUAGUCAUCGACGAGGUCUCUCCCUACAACGGAAUCUUGGGCCAACCAUGGAUCAACAAAAUCGAAGCCGUCACAUCUGCUCUACACCAGAAGAUCCGCUACCCCAUCCCUGGUGGCGGGACCGGGCAGAUCAACAGUGACCAAGCCAUGGCAAGGAGAUGCACAGCCCAAGGGCUCAAGAAGAGCAAACAGUUGCAUUUCACACCACUAAUGCAGGCUACUGACGUGGCAUGA